AAGAGCUUAAAGCGGUGGGAGCGGUGCGGGAGUGGGGUUGGACCCAGGGCUGAGGCAGGCCACCCCCUCCCUCCCGCCUCCGUGGAUCAUGCCCAGGGCGGCAGCGGCGGUGGUUGCGGGGGGCGGGGGGGGGGGGGGGAAGUGACUGGGCGGUGCCGGCGCAGGAGACGAUGCCGUUUCCAGUUACAACGCAGGGAUCACAACAAACACAGCCGCCCCAGAAGCAUUAUGGCAUUACCUCUCCUAUCAGCUUAGCAGCCCCCAAGGAGACUGACUGCCUGCUUACACAGAAACUAAUUGAGACUCUGAAGCCCUUUGGGGUUUUUGAAGAGGAAGAGGAACUGCAGCGCAGGAUUUUAAUUUUGGGGAAAUUAAAUAACCUGGUAAAAGAGUGGAUACGAGAAAUCAGUGAAAGCAAGAAUCUUCCACAAUCCGUAAUUGAAAAUGUUGGAGGAAAAAUUUUUACAUUUGGAUCUUACAGAUUAGGAGUACAUACAAAAGGUGCCGAUACUGAUGCGUUGUGUGUUGCACCAAGACAUGUUGAUCGAAGUGACUUUUUCACCUCAUUCUAUGAUAAGUUGAAAUUACAGGAAGAAGUAAAAGAUUUAAGAGCUGUUGAAGAGGCAUUUGUACCAGUUAUCAAACUGUGUUUUGAUGGGAUAGAGAUUGAUAUUUUGUUUGCAAGACUAGCACUGCAGACUAUUCCAGAAGACUUGGACUUACGAGAUGACAGUCUGCUUAAGAAUUUAGAUAUAAGAUGCCUAAGAAGUCUUAACGGUUGCAGGGUAACCGAUGAAAUUUUACAUCUAGUACCAAACAUUGACAACUUCAGGUUAACUCUGAGAGCUAUCAAACUGUGGGCCAAACGCCACAACAUCUAUUCCAAUAUAUUAGGUUUCCUCGGUGGUGUUUCCUGGGCUAUGCUAGUAGCAAGAACUUGCCAGCUUUAUCCAAAUGCAAUAGCAUCAACUCUUGUACAUAAAUUUUUCUUGGUAUUUUCUAAAUGGUAUGUGUUUAGAUUAUAUUAAAAUAAAAUUGAUUGUAGAC